GACACACUACCAAACUCUGUUACCCGUGGGUUUACUUUCCUUCUAAGUUACUCAUCUUGCCCUUCAAUCAUUAUAAGCCAAAAACCCUUUUUCGUUUUGUCGAAGCUGUAGUUGUGGCUAACAAAGUUCUGAGUUUUUUCUAUUAUCGGUCGACAUGGCUGAAUCUUCUUGGCCUACUGAAGCCCAGUUAAAUGACAUAAGAAAUAAAGUUUCUGAAAUGUCUGGGAGAGAUUCUGAGGAAGUUCAAGUUGUUGUCUCUCCUUAUCGUAUUUGUCCUUUGGGAGCUCAUAUUGAUCAUCAGGGUGGAACUGUUUCUGCUAUGACAAUCAAUAAGGGAAUACUUCUUGGUUUUGUACCUUCCGGUGACACUGAGGUUGUAAUACGUUCAGGACAGUUUAGAGGAGAUGUUAGGUUCAGCGUUGAUGAAAUUCAACAACCAAGAAAUACUGUAAAGGAUAAUGAUCCAAUCCAUGCAAGUGAUUCCGCCAAACUACGAGGAGCCAGUUGCUGGGGAAAUUAUGCUAGAGGGGCUGUUUAUGCACUACAGAGUAGGGGGAAGUAUCUGGCCCAGGUAAAAAAAUUAUUUGAGUCUUUUGGUUUUGAUCUGUUGUAACCAUUGCAGGGCAUAAUAGGAUACAUUGGUUCUGAGAAUCUUGACGGUUCUGGACUUAGCUCUUCAGCUGCUGUAGGAGUUGCUUACCUGUUGGCUUUGGAAAGUGCAAAUGAUAUGAAAGUAUCUGCUAUUGAUAACAUAGAAUUUGAUCGGUUAAUUGAAAAUGAAUAUUUGGGUCUAAGGAAUGGCAUACUUGAUCAGUCAGCUAUAUUGCUUUCAAGCUAUGGUUGUCUAACAUGCAUGAACUGCAAGACCAAAGAAUACCAGCUUAUACACCCAUCAAAAUCGUACAACAGCCACAAAACUGAUUUACUCAAUCGCUACAAAAUAUUAUUGGCAUUUUCGGGCUUGAGAUGUAAUCUGACUACCAAUCCUGGGUAUAAUCGCCGAGUUGCGGAAUGUCAAGAAGCGGCGAGUGUUCUCUUGCGUGCCUCUGGAAAAGCUGAAGUCAAGCCUCUCCUGUGCAAUGUGGAACUAGAGGAUUAUGAAGCUUACAAGUGCAAACUCGAGCCUAUUCCAGCUAAAAGAGCAGAGCAUUAUUUCUCAGAGAAUAUGCGGGUUAUAAAAGGACUUGAAGCUUGGGCAUCAGGCAACUUGGAAGACUUUGGGAAGCUCAUCUCAGCUUCUGGUCUGAGUUCUAUCUACAACUAUGAAUGCGGUUGUGAGCCAUUGAUACAAAUGAAUGAGAUCCUCCGGAAAGCUCCUGGAGUAUUCGGAGCACGGUUUAGCGGUGCUGGAUUUAGAGGAUGCUGUCUUGCAUUUGUAGAUGCAAGUCGUGCGGCAGAAGCUGCGGCGUAUGUCAGGGAAGAGUAUUUUAAGCACCAACCUGAGCUUGCUAGCCAGUUGAACCCGGACUUUGCUGUAUUAAUUUGUGAAGCUGGGGACUGUGCUCGUGUGAUCUGACCAGGUUUAACUCUUCUUUGGCACAGUUGCAUUAAAUUUUCAUUUGUUAAAUUUAAUUUGUUGAAACCUGUAUAUUGUCUCAGACUGCUUCAAAAAAUAAGUGGAAUUAGAUUCCAAAAAAUGGAACAUUCUUACAAGUUUGUACUGUUCUUUUUCCAGAUCAAAUUCAAAAUUGAUUUAUUUGAAAUCAAAAUUUGAUCAAUGUCAUCCUGUUCAAAUCCAUAUGUUAUUUGGUUUGAUUACAGGCCAGUGUUAUUCAAACUUUUAGUUGAACUCUAGAUAGAUGUGCUGAGCAUUACAAAUUUUUCUCAGUUGUUGUCGAGGACUGUAAUAAAAAUUUAUAUUAAAAAAUUGUAAUAUUAUAUUUGAAUUUUUACA